ACCAACAAAAUUGACAUAUACCGAUAUACGCCGCCAACAUUCCGGAGGAGGACGUUGUCUUGGUGCAGCAGAUGAAGCGCAGCCAAGGCCACUUCUCUUCUUCCACUUUGUCCAUGUCUUUAACAUUUACGGCACAUUCAACUCUUUAACACUCACAAUCUUUCUCCUCUUUUCUCCCAUCUCAAACUGCUCAAAAAGGAUUUUGAUUUGGUGAUGAUAUCAGAAAGUAAUUCUCUUUUUGAUUGAUUGAGAAUUUAAUUUUAUAGAAUUUGAAGAUGGCGUAUAGGCGUAGUGUUUGUACUAGAGCUACGUUUCUAGCUCGACGUUUGAACCCUAGUUUUAGUUACAUUACUCAUGACCAUGAUAAAAACAAUAACAAUGAUAAGAAUGAAGCGCCAUCCGGGCGGAAAAUCGACGAAUAUAUGACUCAGAGGAGGUCUUUUGGAAGUUAUAGGAACAAUUUUACAUCACCCAGUAGUUUAUUUGAUCACCAGAGGUCAUUUUUACCUGGAAUUGGAAAUGGGGUUAUGAAUUCACAUAGAUAUAUGUCGACUUCAAUUGGUAAAGGGACAGAAAACGUCGAAUUUAUUAGUGAUGUUGCUGGGGUUAUUAGUGAUGCCCCAGUGGAGGUUGUAGCUUCUCAGGCACCUAUUUUGAGCGAAGUUGCGACUGCUGCUGCGGAUUCUGCUUAUCCAGUUGCCGCUUUGCAGUAUGUGAUUGACGGGGUUCACACUUUUACUGGUUUGAACUGGUGGGCUUCAAUAGUUCUUACAACUCUGUUGAUUCGUGGGCUUACAGUCCCAUUCCUGAUUAAUCAGCUCAAAGCAACUUCCAAGUUGUCGAUUAUGAGGCCACGGUUGGAGGAAAUAAAGGAGGAGAUGCAAGCCAGGGCUGAUGAUCCUAAUGCUGUUAGGGAAGGUAAAGAGAAAAUGAAUGUGCUUUUUAAAGAAUAUGGCGUUACACCCUUUACUCCUCUAAAAGGGCUCUUCAUUCAAGGUCCUAUCUUCAUCAGUUUUUUCUUAGCUAUAUCAAAUAUGGCUGAGAAGGUUCCAUCAUUUAAAAAUGGUGGAGCUUUUUGGUUUACUGAUCUUACAACUCCGGAUGCUAUGUACAUCUUUCCUGUUUUGACAGCAGUGUCCUUCCUGAUCACUGUGGAGUUCAAUAUGCAGGAGGGUAUGGAAGGCAAUCCUGUUGCUAGCACCAUGAAAAAGUUUUCGAGAGGCCUAGCUGUUCUUACUGUUCCAUUCACCAUGAGUUUUCCGAAGGCUAUAUUUUGUUAUUGGGUUACUUCUAAUAUCUUCUCCUUCGCGUAUGGAUCUGUGCUUAAAGUUCCCGGUGUUAAGAAGGCGAUUGGAGUUCCUGAAAUACCAAUUCCACCACCUAGCUCCUCAAAACAAAGCACACAAUCUGGCUUUUCUUUCUUUGAAGCGCUCAAACAAGCCUCUGCAGCCUCUCAGUCAAAAAAACCCGUUUCGACACCUGCAGCUAGUGAUCAACCAAAGCUCACCGAAGGAAAACCCUCAUCAUCAUCAACAGUUUUGAGUCAACGCCUGAAAAGUUUAGAGAGACAAGUGAAGCAAAGAAAGAAAAACAAAAAGAAAUGAUGGUUUAGCUUGUUCUAUAACAUCUAUCCUGUUAGUUUUUUUGGUAUUAUUUGAAGCUACAUUAAAACUUGUCAUAGAAUAAAUGUAUCCUUAUUGGUAAGGUUUACUCGCAAGUAUAGCGAGAUUUUGCCCCGUAGAAGUUAGAAUGCUACAGGCUAUCUUUGAAGAACAUAAUGUCAUGAUGUAUUAUCUUUUCAGCUUGUCUAUUAUGUUUCCGGGUAUACCGUAGAACUAUGUGUAUUCAGGCUUUGUCUGCAGCUCAUUUAUUCAUUUGAUGCUAUUUGUUGGUAA